AUGAUUUUUGGCACGUCACAGUCACGAUCCCAUGGUUGGCAAACAAAAGCUUCUGAGGAUACCCUUCCUCCCUGCUCACCUUCAGUUACGUUUCCACAAUCAAAACCUUCUUCAAACUCUCGUUCUCUGGCUUGUUGCCGAGGUGUAGUAGCUAUGCCACCACGCCUCCGCUCCAAGCCUUACGGCCCCAACUCCCCGAACGCCGCGCAGGCCCUGCCUGACCCGGCUCCUCGUCGUCGCCGAGCGACGCGUUCUGCGUCUGCUCAACCGCAGGAAGAUCAGCCUGCCCCGCCUGUUCGCGAGCCUAAGGCUCGCAAGACCCGUGGCAAGGCCACCUCCCGCGGCAAGAAAAAGGCGACACGCCGUAUCUCUUCCCCCCCUCCCCCCGAAGACCCCCAGCCGGAAGAGCUGGAGGGUGAUGAAAACGCCUCGGGUGCCGUGGCCCAGGCACUCAGUGCAAAGAACCGCCCAGACCUUGAGACGCAGGAACGGCCUGCAACUCCGUCCGUUGAGAUCCCCGUCACUGUCCUUCCGUCAAUCGAGCCCAGUGACCCUGAGUUGACGACUCCGAUUCUUGGAGUUCUGCGGUCCACCGGAACAGCAUCGAGCCGCCGUCACAGCCAUACCCGAGGAUCGCCUUCCUCGUCCUCCGAGCAGUCCCGAGUGCUACGUGCCCAAGGGGCCACGCCGAUCCGCCGGUCUCGCACACCUUACGCCAAUAGGUCCAAUUCUCGUCGUAUCGAGAGCCGUGGUAGUCUCGGUCGGACCUUGUAUCGCCUUCCGCAGCUUCUGUCCUUUGGCAGCCAGUCUGAGCUCCAAGAUGAGGUUGGAGAAGAGACGAAUCGUGCGGACGAGCAUGACUCUUUGAACAAUCCUCCGGAGACUGCAGCUCCCGACACAACCCCCCCCUCGACUCCCGAGCGCGCCCCCCCUGCCACCCCCGUGGCUCCUUUGACCGCCCCUCCCGCGGGUACUGAUGUUUCUCCAGGAUGGAGCCGAUGGAUCUUCAAUGGUGUCUCCAGAAGAUGGACGGUUCUGAGAGGCCGUUUUGCUCAUGAUCAUGACAAUCGUAAUGAGAGCCAACAAGCUAUUGAUACUGCUGCCGAGCCAACUGUUCCCACAGUUCCUGAUUCUUCUGCCGAAGCCGUCUCAGCUGCAAAUGCCACGACUUCGCAAACUACUCGAGCAAUCGUUCUCGACCCAUCUAUUACUUCCAGCGCAUCACCUGCAAAGACUAACAGACCGGACAACUCACCAAUGCACAGUGGGGCCCAGAGAAAGUCGCCUCUCAAUCGUCCCACCCCUCGUUUCAUUUCCCGCCCUCGUGUUUCCCCCGAACCUCGUCCACGGCGUCGUAGUACCUCGUUUGUGGACACAAGAACGCUGCUUGCUGCCGGUGAGCCCAAGUCAGCCAACGAUCCUUAUGCCCACGAAACCCAGCGGGAAUUUGUCAAGCGUCGACAAGCUGCUCGGGCAGAACACGAAAGACAAAUUCGAGAGGCGAAAGCCCGUGAAGAAGAAGCAGCCAGAGCACGACCAGUUACCUCCAACACUGCAACCCGGGGCCCUAUUUUCUUCUUACAACCCAGUCAAACAAUGCCUAUCACCGCUUCAAUCGACCCAGCUUCGCGCGGAACAGCCUCUAAAGCGCCUGUUGCUCAGACCGUAGCAAAAUCGAAUGCUGAUACGGAGAAUCAAAAUCCACGCAAGCGGAGUCGCGGUUUUGGGCUUGAUGAAGAUGACCUAGCUGUCCACGAGGAGGAUUUUACUCCCGAGGAAUGGCAAGCCCUAAAGGCACAAGUGGAGAAGGCCGAGGAAGAUGCUGCCAAAGCAGCUCAAGAAAGGUUGCCCCCUUCAAAGAAGCGCCGCGUUGAUCAAUCCUCCAAGCAGAAGAAGCGUACUCAGCAAUCAGUCCGCCGUCAGAGCACCGGGACACCCCGCCAAACCGAGCCUCCUAACCGCACCCCCGGCUGGGUUCCGAAUAAACGAAGAACUCUUGCGCAGCCCGAUUUGUCCCCCAUCGAUUCGAGCCGAUUGUUGACCGAUCCCGAGUCGCCUUCGAAUUCUCAAAGUCCCCAGGCCGUAAUGCAGCCUGUCUCGCCAAAUCGCUCACAAUCUCGUCGCGAAACCACGACCUCAUCCCGAGGUUCCUCUAAAAAAGCCGCGGACGAAGAUCCUGAGACCGGUGACGAAACGAACGAUCUCCAAGACGCCUCUCCUCUCAGCCGCGCUCGCAAUAGGGCCGAGCAGUUCAAGCCAAAGACUCCGAGUCGUCUACGGGAAUCUGCUCGAAUCCCAAAUAGCAACGCCUCGACCCCGUCCGCCCUCGGCUUCUCUUCGCCGUCCUUCCUUGAUGCGACUCCAGUCGGCAACCAAGCCUUCACCACCGAGUCUGAUUCUACUAAUACCCACCGGGAAGAUGUUGCGCCCCUGCAACAACCAGCAUCCUCAACCGCAGUCGCUGCCAACACCACAGAAAGCGCUGUGCAUAUUUUCGCCGAAGAUGUCGCCUGGCUCAAUGAGACAUUGCCGAAUGGAAACUUCAAUGAGCUACAGUGGCCGCCACGCAGAAGCCUUGUUGGAGUCUUGGAUAUUGACCCUGAGACUGUGGCAAUUGUGGAACAAAACGGGCAGGAGAAGGGGCCCGAUCUCGCGAAAUACUUUGAGACCAUGUUCGAGGCCCAUAGAGCCGCCCCCGAUGAGUUUGUUUUGGCGCUGUGA